UCCGCGAUCCAGUACAAAAAACGCAGCAUUACAGUCAAUACCCUCUCACAUGUGCGGACUCAGUGUACCUCUGGAUAUAUCUGCGUUAGACUUUCAGACUGGGGACUGCUGGAUCCAUGCUUCAGUAUUCGUGGAUUGCCUUUCUUUCUCGUUGGAUUGCCGCGACGCUUGUCCGCGUUUGGGGACGGUUCCUGUUUUCUGAACAGGAUCUCCUAUCUGGAUGUUAAUCGCAGUUUUGUACUCCUCACACUUCUCAGAUGACCGUGCGUAGGAUUCGGAGGAGACUCCGAUCUCCCAUCCGCCUGCAUAUGAAAACCUUCUGGCUAAAGUUUUCAUGAAGCGAUUGUCAGAGGUAACCGCAACCUGGAUUUGUUAUUUACAGUUAAAAUUGCGCCUUUGCCAGUCAACGCCAACAGGGUGUCCAUCUGCUGGGAUUUGCUUCAGUAAAAUGAAGACGGCUGUUGUGGAAGGGGGCGGGCUUCUCCUCCUGGCCUUGUGGCUUCAGUCGGCGUCCGCGGUGCCGGGCUGCCCGGCCAUGUGCGUGUGCUACGACGAGCCUCGACCCACCCUGGCCUGCCAGCAGCAGGGACUUUCCUCCAUACCCACUGAAAUCCCCGAGCGGAGCCAGAGGAUAUUCCUCCAGAGUAACCGGCUAACGGUAGUGCGCUCCACUAGCUUCAGCUGCUGCCGGAACCUGACGGUGCUGUGGCUAUACUCCAAUGACAUCAGCCACAUCGAAGCGGGCGCCUUCUACGGCCUGGGCAAGCUGGAGGAGCUGGACAUCGGCGACAACGGCAACAUGAGGAUCAUCAGCUCCACGGCCUUCCGGGGACUCACGCGGUUACACACCCUGCACCUUCACAGGUGUGGGCUCUCUGAGCUUCCAGUCGGAGUUUUCCGUGGGCUACAUUCCCUGCAGUACCUGUAUCUCCAGGAUAACAACUUGCUUACCCUACACGACAACACGUUCAUGGACCUCGCCAACCUAUCCUACCUUUUCCUCCAUAACAACAAAAUCAAGACUGUGUCCGACCACAUGUUGCGUGGCUUGGUCAACCUGGACCGCUUGCUGCUCCACCAGAACCGUGUCACUUUCAUCCAACAAAGAGCUUUCCAUGACUUGGGCAAGCUGACCACCUUAUAUUUGUUUUACAACAAUCUGACUGUGCUCACAGGGGAGACCAUGGAACCUAUGGCAUCGCUGCAGUACUUGCGUCUUAACGGGAACCAAUGGAUAUGCGACUGCAGGGCUCGGACGCUCUGGGAAUGGUUCAAGCGAUUCAAAGGGUCCAGCUCAGCACUGGAGUGUCACGUUCCUGCUAGUUUGGCAGGGAAGGAUUUGAAAAGACUGAAGAGCAGUGAUUUAGAGGGGUGUGUCGAUAGCACUCUUCAUACAUGGACUGGGAUCUUUGGUGCCAAGGCUUGGCCAGGAAAGUAUCCAACUACUGAGGCUCCUCUCUGGGGAGGAACUCCCCGGUGCUGCCUGCCGGACAGUGACAAAUCGUCUAUCAUUUCCAGCAAAGGCCUGCCGGAUCCUUCCUUGUACAACAGCCGGCAGAUCACCAACAGCUCCCCUAAAGAGAAGGAGAAUAUUGCUAAGACUAAGUUCUUAGAGGUGGACCAAUCGGAGAAUGGCACCCGGAACAAGCAGAACCUGAACGACGGUCCAGGCAACUCCAACAUGAACCAGGCCCCGGGAAAAGUGAAACCAGACGUCUCUGAUGACCUGGAAUCUUCCACGGAUCCCUCCAGUAAGAAGAAAUGCUCAAAGAACCUCAGCUCAGACACGCAAUGCCCCAAAGGCAAAGCAGCCCUGCUUCGAACACUGGAUAUCCUUAUUUUACCUGUGCUCUGGUCCUCCUUAUUCACAUGUUGGACUUGGUGAGGGAUGGGAGGCAACCUGGACAACGAUGCUUCCCAAAAACAUUGGGAAGCCAAACAUGCCGUGACUUCCAAAGACUUCCGUAGGGAAAGGGGAAGGGCAGACUGUAGAUCUUAAAAGAAAAAUUAAUAAAAGACCUGAAAGGAAAAGAAUGGAUGCCUUUAUAAAGUAUACAGCACCUAUUGUAAAUAAAAAACAGUGCCCAAAUCAUUUGUUCAAGGAUCUCCCAACCAACUGAGGUGCACCACAAGUGCUGCUCAGCUCCCCUCGAAGCAUCAACGCUUUUGCUGCAAAGAUAGCGACUAGCCAGUCACCGAAAAUAUCGUCACUUUAGGGCAGAAUGCACACAUGCUGUCAGACUAAGAAUGUUCUAGGUGUUUUCUUUUCACAACAAACCCAAAGACAUGUUGGAUUUUCUUUCCCCAUUCGUUUUUAUUUUUCCAGAAGAAUUGAUGCAUUUUUGUUCGAUGCUAAUAUUUUUAUUAUUUUUUAAUAUUCACAAGUGUUCAGCUACAGAUAUUCUUCUCUAUUUCAGUUUUGUCCUGCCGUCAUUCCGUGGCCGCGGAGAGCAUUCGCUUACGGGUGCUGUCUGUCUGUUCACUGAGGUUGUUGUAUAUUAUAGAUAUGCAUUAUUUUACUUGUGACCAACCAUAAAUAUAAAUAAAGUAUUCUUUUUUCCUAAAUCAGUAUAA